UUUGUGUUUGUGUGGAAAGAUAAGAGAUCAGAUUAUAAUGCUGGGAAAGUGAUGUAAACUAUAUAAUUUACACAUCAUCAUCAUCAUCAUCAUCAUCAUCAUCACAGGGAUUCUCCAGGAUGUCCACUCUCUACGUCUCUCCUCACGCGGAUGACUUCCGCAGUCAGACCGCCCUCGUAGCUGCUGAGUUCACGCCCCCUUCAUCCAGACCCCGGGUCCAGACAGGGGGCGGAACCUCGCCGGCCACGCCCCAUCCCUCUCUGGUGACAGGUGGGGGGCUGGUCCUAGCGGGCGCGACGUCCGUGAGCUACUUCCUGUGUCCGGAGGAGAUGGCCGGUAGUGGGCAGCGGGACUCCGCUCUGGUCAGGCAGUGGGUCAGUUUUGCGGAGAAUGAGGUCACUCCGGCUGCUUGUGCCUUGACCUUCCCUUUGCUGGGAAUGCUUGAUCCCAACAAACAGGUUACAGAGCGUGCUCAGACAGAGCUGAAGAAGGUUUUGACUAUGCUGGACUCUUUCCUCAAACUCAGGACUUUCCUGGUUGGGGAGAGCUUGACCUUGGCUGACAUCACAGUGGCCUGUUCCCUGCUCCUGCCUUUCAAAUACGUGUUGGAGCCCGCUGUUCGGAAGCCCUUUGUCAACGUGUCGCGCUGGUUUGUGACAUGUGUCAAUCAGCCGCAGUUCAAGAAGGUGCUGGGAGACGUGAAGCUGUGUGAGAAGGUGGGGCAGGUCAACCCAAAAACCAGCAGCCCGCAAUCUGGAGAACAGGUACCCAAAGUCCCAGGGCAGGAGGCCACCGUCGCCCCACGACCGAAAACCGAAGCCCAGCUGAAGAAAGAAGCCAAGAAGAAGGAGAAGAUGGAGAAGUUUCAACAGAAGAAAGAGAUAGAGCAAAAGAAACAGCAGUCCCAGACUGAGAAAAAAGCCAAACCUGAGAAAAAAGAAAAGAAGGAACUAGGGGUCAUAACGUAUGACCUCCCAACUCCAGCUGGAGAGAAGAAAGAUGUGCAAUGUGCAAUGCCAGACUCCUACAGCCCCCAGUAUGUAGAGGCAGCUUGGUACCCCUGGUGGGAGAAACAGUGCUUCUUCAAACCUGAGUAUGGGCGGAAGGAUCUCUCUGAGCCGAACCCCAAGGGUGUGUUUAUGAUGUGUAUCCCUCCGCCCAACGUGACCGGAUCUCUUCACCUUGGCCACGCCCUCACAAACGCCAUCCAGGAUUCUCUAACUCGCUGGCACCGGAUGCGGGGAGAAACCACCCUGUGGAACCCUGGCUGUGACCAUGCUGGUAUUGCCACUCAGGUGGUGGUGGAGAAGAAGCUCUGGAGAGAGCAGAAGAAAAACAGACACGACCUGGGCAGAGACGCCUUCGUAAAGGAGGUGUGGAACUGGAAGAACCAGAAAGGAGAUCGAAUUUACCACCAGUUAAAAAAACUGGGAUCCUCUCUAGACUGGGACCGGGCCUGUUUUACCAUGGAUACUAAAUUGUCCUACGCAGUGCAGGAAGCGUUUGUUCAAUUGCACGAGGAAGGGGUGAUCUACCGGAGCAAGCGUCUGGUGAACUGGUCUUGCACUCUCAACUCUGCGAUCUCCGAUAUCGAGGUAGAUAAGAAGGAGCUGACAGGUCGCACCCUCCUCCCUGUCCCGGGGUACAAAGACAAGGUGGAAUUCGGGGUUCUCGUCUCCUUCGCAUACAAGAUCGAGGGCUCUGAUGAGGAGGUGAUUGUCGCCACCACUCGUAUUGAGACAAUGCUGGGAGAUACAGCCGUUGCAGUCCACCCACAGGAUGCCCGAUAUCAGCACCUCAAGGGGAAGACUGUUGUUCACCCAUUCUGCGAUCGCAAACUGCCUGUUGUGUUUGAUGAGUUUGUGGAUGUCAACUUUGGGACAGGUGCUGUGAAGAUCACCCCAGCUCAUGAUCACAAUGACUGGGAGGUGGGACAGAGGCAUGAUCUGGAGUUCAUCAACAUAAUAGAUGAGAACGGCUUCCUGAUCAACGUGCCCCCUCCAUUCCUGGGGAUGAAGCGGUUUGACGCCCGCAAGGCUGUGCUGGAGGCUCUGAAGCAGCGGGGACAGUUCAGGGAGGUGAAGGACAACCCAAUGGUGGUUCCUGUGUGCAGCCGCUCCAAGGACGUGGUGGAGCCCCUGCUCAAGCCCCAGUGGUACGUGAGCUGUGAGGAGAUGGGCAGGCAGGCAGCCGAGGCAGUGAGGUCAGGAGAGCUCAAGAUCAUCCCAGAGACACACCUCAAGACCUGGUUCAACUGGAUGGACAACAUCAGGGAUUGGUGCAUCUCCAGACAGCUGUGGUGGGGUCAUCGCAUCCCAGCAUACUUUGUGACUGUCGACGAUCCCUCUGUUCCUCCUGGGGAGGACAUAGAUGGAAAGUACUGGAUUAGCGGUCGCAGCGAGGAAGAGGCUCGCGAGAAGGCAGCGAAAGUGUUUGGAGUCCCAGCUGAGAAGAUCUCGCUGAGACAGGAUGAGGAUGUGCUGGACACCUGGUUCUCUUCAGGAAUCUUCCCUUUCUCCAUCUUCGGCUGGCCCAAUCAGACCCAGGACCUGAGUGUGUUCUAUCCCGGGACGCUGCUGGAGACUGGGCAUGACAUCCUGUUUUUCUGGGUGGCCAGGAUGGUAAUGUUGGGUUUGAGACUGACUGGUAAACUACCCUUCAAAGAGGUGUAUCUCCAUGCAGUUGUCCGUGACGCUCACGGCAGAAAGAUGAGUAAAUCUCUGGGUAAUGUCAUUGAUCCUCUGGACGUCAUCACUGGCAUUUCCAUUGAGGGCCUUCACGCUCAGCUUGUUGACAGUAAUCUUGACCCAGUGGAAAUUGAGAAAGCCAAAGAAGGACAGAAAUCGGACUACCCCAAUGGAAUCCCGGAGUGUGGAACUGAUGCCUUGAGAUUUGCUCUCUGUGCUUACACCAGUCAAGGCCGUGACAUUAACCUGGAUGUGAACCGGAUUCUAGGCUACAGGCACUUCUGCAACAAGCUGUGGAACGCAACCAAGUUUGCAAUCCGAGUUCUCGGAGAAGACUUUAAACCAGUGGCCAAGGCUCAGCUGUGUGGCAGCGAGAGUCUUGCUGAUCGCUGGAUCCUGUCUCGCCUCUCUCUCGCGGUGGAGCUCUGCGACUCCGGCUUCAGGAGCUACGACUUCCCGGCAAUCACAACUGCCAUCUACAGCUUCUGGUUGUACGAACUG